AUGGUGAGGGAAGACAGAUGACGUUUAGAAGGAGGAUCGCUUGUUCGGGAUUGGCCAAAGCAGUCACAAGCUGAUGUGAAGUUUAAAAAAAAAUUUAACGCGUCCCUGCAAUACUGAGCUGCUGUCUGUCGCGACUCCGUACCUUGAACUCUCAAAACAAAUAUGAGUGAGACACUGGUAGUGUGUGACGUGGAUGAAGAUCUUAAAGAGAAGUUGAGGAAGUUCCGUCUCCGCAAGGAAACGAACAAUGCAGCUAUCGUCAUGAAGAUCGAUAAAGAAAAACAGCUUGUGAUCCUGGAGGAAGAACACGAGGACAUUUCUCUUGACGACCUGAAAGACGAGCUCCCGGAGAGACAGCCCCGAUUUGUGGUGUACAGUUACAAAUACCAACAUGAUGACGGGCGCGUGUCCUAUCCACUUUGCUUCAUUUUCUCCAGCCCCGUGGGUUGCAAACCGGAGCAGCAGAUGAUGUACGCGGGCAGUAAAAACAAGCUGGUGACUACUACUGAAAUGACAAAGGUGUUCGAGAUCCGGAACACUGAGGACCUGACGGAGGAAUGGCUGCGGGAGAAACUCCGCUUUUUCCGCUGAAAAACCCCUCAAGGUUCACCAGUGCUGUUCUCUUUUUGAACCUUGACCUGAUUUAAAUAGUGUUUACUACUUCCUGUCUUGUUUUAGGCUCCUCCCUGGUUGAAAUGUUUGGAGGGGUUAUCGUGCUAUAUAUGCGAUUAUGGACGUCCAUUCCGUUUUAACUGAGAAGGCUGUUUCAUCGCUAUUGACGGAGAAGGACUUUCAAUCCAUUUGGACGUCCAUCGCCGUCAAUAGCAGCGAGUGAGUAAAAAAAAAAGCCCAACCACCUGGUCCAAUACUAUCCUUCUCCGUUUGGCGUCGCCGUGUUGCCAGGUGUGUUUCCGUCUAAACUGAACCCUCCCAUAGUGGACCAAACUCAUGUGCCUCGUUUUGAGAAGCGCUCCCGCGUAUUUCUAAAGUCUCUAAUUUACAUCAAUUUACAUUUAUCGUGAUUACUUUAGUUUCAGUUCAGGUGUAUUUUCGUCUUAUCUUCCUUGUCCUGGGUCGUUUCAGAAUUGGAGGACAUUUUGGCGUCAAAAUUCUGCAAAAUAAACCUUCACUUUUCUGAUUAACACUGGCCAACUAUUUUUUAUUUUCUUUUGCAUUAGUCUUUUUAACUGAUUCUAUACAAUUUUGGGUCGUGACUGAGUUCAUCAGUUUCUGAAUCAGUUUUAUUUCCUGUAUUCGUUAUCAGUUAUCAAAUCUGUAUUCGUUAGUUUUCGUGCAAUUGAAAUUUUUUAAAUUGUUAUACUCGUGGUAUUUUAUACAGAUUCCUCAUAUAUUUUCACCCAUUAGCAAUUAACUUUUCAGCCCUUUGCAUAGGUUGUAUACAUUUUUGUAAAUCGUUGUCAACAUUAGCUAGUCAUAGCUGACCGAUUUUCACAUAUUUAAGCACUUUGGCUGCCACGUAACAUUGUACUGUGUCUGCAGUCAUCUAAAACAUGGUACUAUCAUACCAUUCUAGUAAAACAGGUAUUAUUUUUCUACAUAUUGUUACUUUUAGGCUAUUUUUUAAGUGCCAGUUGUAUACCCACUUUGUUAAAAUGAUCGCUUUUCAAUAAAUUUUUGCAUUAUGCACAUACAAAAAAAUUACAUCUUUGUUUGCCGAAAACAACUAGUUUACAGAACAAAUGCCAGAUUUGGAUUCAGAAAUUUGCUUGACCCACUAUUUCAGAAAAAUAAUUGUCAGUUUUAGCGUAUCGUGUGAUCAUUGCUUUCUUCGCUGAUGAAAAGGUUAUGGUAGCAGGGUUGCUUCCAUGUUUUUGGGACACACACACACGAGUAAAAAUUCAUCAAAUAUUCAAAUAUAUUAUUCAUAUUCAUACAGAACAAGAGAAAAAUCAAUUAUAAUUGGUACUCCAGACAGAUUUGGAAUUUUAAAAAGUGUUUUCAAGUAUUUUUUUUUAGAUGGAAUAAUUCACUUAGAAAGUUAAUGCUAUAGUAUUUUCUAUGUGGAUUAAUAUUUGAAGGGUGGGACGUCAAAUGUCCUCUGAUUCUGUAAAGACUCUACGAGACUGGCUUUUUUUCUUAUUAUGUUAAAAAACAUCCUGCUAGAAAAUGUGAAAUGCCACUCGUGUUGAAGAUUAAUUUGAGGGCAUUCUAAUAUCAAGGAUAAAAGGUGCUUAGGGACGGAGUAGAUAAAGGUUUACAAGAGGGGUGUGAGGUAACAUUUAAGAUUGCAUGUUUUGCUUUUUUUUUGUUUUGUUUUUUUGGUCGGACUUAGUACACAGAUGUUUCUUGGUUAAAAAUGCCAUUUAUUUCUUGGUCGGUGCCGUAAACAAAAGUGCGGAAUGCGUGUAGUCUAUCACAAAGCAAGGCUAAAACCCGGUUUGUACGGGAUUAAUAUAAAUUAGAUGCGAUGGCGCAUUCGCACGGGAUAAAGAUUUGCAUCCUGCGCAGUCAUAACAAAGCACCAAAACUCCACAAGUCAUACUAAUCCUGCGCAAAUUGUGGAUCGUUCCGUAAUUCAACUCAAAAUUACAGUAAAUAUUGUCGUAAACGAGCGUGCCUUCCUGUGCUCUGCGACCACAAAUUCUUACCACGCGCAGUUUAUUGCACCCCAAACUGUCAAAUAUCAGGACCGUCUUAAACCGAGGAACCCCCUGUAAAUACUUGUAAGUGAACUUUACAGAUCUCAAUAUUUUCCCCCCAUUGUUCAUAGAUGUUUAUACCUCAUUAGCAUGCAAUUAUGCAUACAAGGUGAUUUUUUUAAUAUGGCCUCUUAAAUGUGAUAUACAUUUUGCAGGGUUACAUGGACCUCUUUUGAGCACCCAAUUGUUCAUCUCAAAACAUUCCAAACUGGACGGUUUACAAGCGGUGACGCUCUUGAACGCUGAGUCUGAUUGUGAUGGAUAACCGUGCGUUGCUGUUUUUUUAACUCUUGAUCGCUAGUCGUUUUUGAUGAAUGUCGUGCAGAAAGUGAAUUCUACAUGCGCUCAAAAGACAACAAUCUGGAAUGUUUCACUGGGAAAAUCUUAUUUUCUACAUGUUUAACAUGGUGGCGAGUCUGUCUGAAUGUUCUAAAAAUUGGUGUCAGGUCACAUAUUACGAGUUAAUUCAUCUCUGGUUUCCGUAUAUAGCAAAAACUAGAUGAGAUCCUACAAUGACCGGAGACACCAUUAUGCCAACAAACGAAUUCUUUAUUUUUUUAGGUGAUUAUUUUGCUCAUUUGAUGAAGCCUGUGUCUGAUCUUGUUUUUUUUGUGCCAGUUCAGUUGUGAUUGUCUUGGGGCUUUGCUCAUUCUUAUCGUCCUAUAAACAAAACACUUUCUGGUGGUGGUUCUCAUGCAAUUGGUUGUGCUUCUUGCCCAGUGAUAAUUCUGAAGAAUCUCAAUUGAUCAGUUAAUUUCAAGUAUGACACAGAAUGCAGUUUUCUUAUAAUUGUUAAGAGACCAAAAGUAAACCCAUGACAAAUAAAAUUUCCGGGUUGGGAUUAUAAAUGUUAUAAGAAAGCUGUUUUGUCAAAUGACAAUCAUUGGAACACAUUUUUUGGUGUCUGUCAUCUGCUUUUUUGAACACUGUAACAUUUAAAUAUAAUACUCAAAAAUCUGGCACAGGUUUUUAAACUGCUGUGAUUCAAUUAGUUUUUUGCCUGAUCAGUUGGCUGCCGUUGCAUUUAAUUAGAUAUAUUUCCUUACACUCCUUUUAGAGAAAAGCAUGAGUAAAAUUUGGGUUUUAGGUGAUAGUAGUAAUUGCUCCACUCCUUUGCCUUAUGGCUAUAAAGUGUUCUGUAGUAUUCUUUGUCUUGUUUUUUCUUUCCUAUCCAAUGGGUAAAAAAGUUGAAAAUGACCUUGAAACUUGAGAUACAGUACUGUAUUUGUAUUUUCCAUUCUGUACUUUAUUAUAAAAUUGUGUCUAUAGUCUCCUGUUGUCCAAAUAAAAGCAUAGGCUAUGUAAA